AGAUAACUCCUCGAUGCAUCCCGCUCGUCCUGCUGGAGAGGAAAAGCUACAGGGCGAGACGGAGGAAAGGUGUUUACACAGAGGAAAGCCAAAGGCUACUCCAGAGGAACAACAUGACUGCCUUUGAUGUGACCCCUUCAGGAGAAACAUGUGCCAACUAGAACUCUUGGUGCUGAAAAAUAGAGACAAACCAGCCCAUAAGGAUGGAGAAACUUGCGAGGAGCUCCGGGAUCCUCACCCUGCUCCUCUGGAUCUCCAUCCCAGGCAUGAGCUCUGUCCCUGGGCAUAACAGCACGCAGGAGACCCCCCACCAGCCCUCCUGCCAGCCAGGUUCUUAUUGCCCCAGGGGGGGUCGGGGGCCGUUGCCCUGCCCCAGAGGCACGUUUACUCCAGAGGGGGGGGGCACUUCAGCGGAGCACUGUGUGAGCUGCCCCCCCCACCACUAUGGCCCCCGUGAGGGGAUGAGGGUGUGUGUGCCGUGUGGUCCAGGGGCACGCCAGCCCCUCCCCGGGCAGGAGAGGUGUGUGUGUCAGGGAGAGGGACAGACCUUCCAGCCCAGUGAUGGGCAGUGCCUGUGUACACUGGGGUUUGAGCGCAGUAGGCAAGGCCCUGUGUGCGAGCAGAAGGUGUAUGACAUCUGCAGAGACGGAUUCACACGCACCCAGCAUGGAGACUGCAUGGAUGCACCACAGUGGAGGACACACUGCUCCCAGCAGGUGUGUGAUACCCCUGAGGAGUACCAGGACUACGAUGCGCUUCUGGGUGUGUGUGUGUGCGCGGGGCGGCCAGAGAGAGUGGGUGUGUGUGGGGCCUGGUGUCGGAGCAGGAGGAACACCCCACCAUCACUGCGCUGUGCUGGAGGCCAGAUGGUGCUGUUGUACAGGGGCAGCCAGGUGAGUGUGUCGGGGAGUGUGCUGGAGAUGGCGCUGAACCGCUGGGACUCUCGUGGGGACCUGCAGUGUGACGCGUGGCGUGACUUCUCCUGCUCCGUGUAUGCAGUACAGACAGACGAGGCUGGCUUCUUUGGCCUGUUCAGCGCCAUGCUUCCUGAGGUCCACAUGCUGGUUCUGGAGGCCGUGCCCGAGGCCCACAACACGUCCUCAGAGGCACCUGACACACCUGGAGGUGGGAGUCAGCCAGCUUACCCAGAGCCUGUGGGGGGGUUAGUGGAGGAGCGGGAGCUGCUGUGGUCUCGAGGGGGGGGGCACCUCUGGAGGAAGCACAGUAACGCCAGCACUCUGGGGGUGCUGAACCCCACCUCCUGCCUCCAGCUGGGAGACAUCCUGCUCUUCACUGUCAGCAGGGAGCACUUCCCCCAGUACGACAUAGACAGCCUGUUCAACACCAAUACUGCCUUUGACUGGGGAUCCUUCCGGAAGCUUGCCCAGGACCAGACGGAGAGUGUGCCCACUAUGACCCCCAGCCUAUUCUCAGUGCGCUUCAGUGAGCCCGGGGUCUACGUCCUCAGAUUAAACAGCCACCACAACAAACACAUGUAUGUAAAAGUGAUGCCAGCCGGAGGGCAGUGCUACGAGACUGGACCCUUUUUUCCCGCCAUCUCUCAAUAUCUCACCCGUAUGGGCAUCACUAAGCAACGGCAGCUGCUCCUGCAACCUGAUUGGUUGUUAAUUGGGGGGCUCAUGGUUGGGGCGUGUGUGUUGCUUGGCCUGUGCAUCGCCCUGCUGGUAGUGUUCCGUGAGUACGGCUGGCCUGAGAAGGUUCCGGUGCAGGCUCGGUUCCGGGCACAGCAGCUCCGGUACCGUAUGGAUGACUACUCGUCCAAAGGGUCCCAACUCACCAUGCUGCAGAAGAAGCACCGGAGCCUACAGAUCGCCCUGACCCAAAACUCCACGCACAAAGAUGAGUUCUGGGACUACGAGGAACAGGUGGAUCUGGAGGCCUUCAGUGCCAGCACCUUCUAUGACAUCCUACUGAGGCACAGUGUGUCUGUCACUGCCCGCCUGGGACAACUCAGAGGAGAGGUGAAGGAGCUGUACCAGGGCGUGGUGUGUAAGGUCCAGGGGCUGCAGCUGGGGUGUGUGGAGGUGAGCGCCCCCGGUGGCGGGGACGGAGGGUGCGCCGAGCCGUGUGAGCGCGUUCGGCGGGAGCUGGAGCGGGAGGUGGCGCGGCGCCAGGCGUUGGCAGAGAGGCUGUGCCAGCUGUUGCAGUGCCAGCUGCAGACGCUCCAUCAGGAGCUCCAGCGCCAGCGACACACACACAGGACGCUGCGGGCGCGACUCAGGACCAGCCUACGGCUGUUGGGGCAGGCCGCAGACAGCCCUCAGUCACGCAGUGUGCUCCAGUGUGUGUGUGCCCUGGCGGAUGAGCUGGAGGAGCUGGUGUUGGGGGAGUGCCAAAGGGAGGGUGUGUGGGCGGGGCUUAAAGAGGGCACAGGUGCCCGCCUCCUCUGCCCAGCCACGGGCGCCGUCCUCACCAGGGAUGACAUCAUCGCGUCUGACGGCGCCCUGCAGGCCUGCCAUGCCCUGCACGUGGACCCUGUGAGCGGCCUCAUCCUGCCCAACCCCGGUGCCCAGAUGCUGCUGUCUAACGGGCACAGCAUGCCCGUGCCCCCGGACUUUGUCCUUCACCCCCAGACUGGCCGCCUGCUCCCGGCCGCGGGCAACAUCGGCUUCGACCCCCACAGCUCCACGCUCGUGUUUACCACAGACGCCUGCCUCGGGAAUGCUGGGAAGUGGGAGGUCCCUCUGCUGCCGUUCGUCCCGUACCCCACCCCCCGCCCCGGGGAGCGCCCAGAGGGGUGUGGCCUGCGUGGGCUGCGUCCGGGGCAGAGGCUGGCGCUGGGGGGGCCCAUGUGUGACCGGGACACCGGGGUGCUGGUGCCCAUCCUGGCCGUGACGCUCCACCCCCAGACGGGCCUGGUGUACCCGCUGGGGGGGGUGCACCUGUGCCCCAUCACGCGCCUCCCGCAGCCCAUACAGGUGGGGGGACCCAUGCUGGACCCUCGCACCGGCAGCCUGGUGCUCAUCACAGGGGUCACCAUGGAGACCAGCACAGCUGCUGUUCAGCCUGUGGGGGGUCUCCUGCUGGGGGAGUCCUUCAUCGAGCCCCUGAGCGGGCGCCUCGUGCGUGUGGGGGGCGGCAGCAUGCGGGGGGGGAAACUGGUGCCUCACGCGGGGGGGUUCCAGGUGCUGCUGGAGGCCCAGGCCCUGGGGGCGGGGGCGCGCGCUGUGGAGCUGCUGCAGGGGGUGUGUGGGGGCCGGGGGGACGGGGGGGGCUGCAGCGGGAGGUGGGCCGCGUGA